GAAUCCUAGGCGAGUUGGCGAGCUCGCAGCCCCCGGUGCCAUGAACGGAGGCGGAACGAUAAGGUUAUCUAAGCGCCGCUUCGCGACCGCCUGCGAGGCGUUCCUGGAGGAUUACGCCAAGCACCAUGUAUCCCUAUCCCCCCUGCAGCGUGCGCUUCUCACGGUGGGCUCGGCGACGGUGUCUCUGGCGAAUCCGUUUCGAGGUGACAUGAUAGCGUGCCUCGGGGAGACCACCGGCGCGAACGCCCUCGCGCACUGUCGUCGACGGAUGAUGGACACGAGCGAGGGCCAGCGUGUGCUCGCGCGAAAGCCGCGCGUCAACACGUCCACCGUCGACCUCUCUCACCUCAAAGACCUGCCGCCAGGAACUGUGGGCAGAACGUAUCGCGAUUUCUUGGAUGACAACAACGUGUCGCCCGACGAUAGAGUCGCGGUGCAGUUCGUCGACGAUGUCGAGCUGGCCUACGUGAUGCAACGGUAUCGAGAGGUGCACGAUAUCUUUCACGCUGUACUCCUGAUGCCGACGACGAUGCUAGGAGAGGUGUCGGUUAAGUGGGUAGAGGCUUUGCAGACGCGUUUGCCGAUGUGCAUUACCGGCGCGAUAUUCGGAGCUAGUCGGCUACGUCCUAGACAGAGGCAAUUGUACUUGGAUCAUCACCUACCGUGGUCCAUUAAUGUCGGGUUGAACGCCGAGUUCUUGCUAGGGGUGUAUUUCGAGGAGCGCUGGGAGCAGCCCCUCGACGAUUUUCACAGAGAAAUGAAUAUCGUACGCCUCGUGUGAGACUAACAAAUUGUUGAUACAGUUGCAGAUAAGUGCCUGUUAUUUACUUAAUAGAUGGAAAAUAAAGUUUUCAUAUCCCAA